AAUUUCAUUCCAGAAAUUGUACAGACCUUAGAAGAAUAUACGAAUACCGUCUUGGUAAAGUAAUUUAUGUUUACUGGCGUAUUCGACGAUGUAUUUGUGUCAGUUCAUUAUAUACUUAUGUACAAUACCUAGAAACUUACGUAGCGUAGGACAUACAAUACAGUGUGUUAAAAAGGAUAGACAAGACACUAAGAGUUGUAGAUUUUGACCUUUACUAUAAUUAUUUACCACUAUUGCAACACCUUAUACUUUAACGUCCGUCAACAUUGCUUCGCCGUAGACAAGUAAAAAAGCUACAAUAAAUAAUAUUGCGAUGGCCAUGGCUUGGCCAUCGCAAUUUUUACUUAGGUACUUUUGAGACUGGAAAUAAAAAGGAAAGUGAUGGUUUUCAGUAUGAAGUUACUAAUUAUGACUGUGCUAUUUUACCAUGGGAGCUGUGAGGACAUGGUGACUGUGAGGGAGCCCCCCGCGCCCCCCGCCAACAGGAUCGUCGGGGGACGACCCACCACCGUCGAGGCAUACCCAUACAUGGCGUAUUUAAGAUCAUUAUGUACGAUGCGUGGUCAGAGGCUGCUGGGGGGUUACUGUGGGGGCGUGAUACUCACACAGCACCACGUGCUCACCGCUGCACACUGCUUAUUUCGAAUAAUCAAUGACACUACCAUCUUGAGGGCAUCUAAAGUUGUCAUUCGCGUCGGAUCCACCUACAAUGACCGCGGAGGCUCAAAGCAUGAGACGUCCAAGACCUUGGUCCACGAGGAUUACAAAUAUUCGGAGAGUAAAGACAACGACGUUGCAGUGUUGGUGCUGUCGACCAGUGUGAGCAACUACCGGAGCAGCUCGGUGCAGCCAGCCGUCAUCCCCCCGGGGGGGUAUGUGGUCCCGGACAACGCGUCUGUGGUAGCUGUCGGGUGGGGACGGACUAAUAUGAAAUGCAUCAAGUCAAGCCCCAUCGGCCUGCGACUCGUGGGGCUGCGCAAGGUGGACCGAGACACCUGCGCCGCACGUUAUCCGAGAUUCUCAUACAACAACAUGCUCUGCGCGGGGCUGCUUGGUGUUGGAGUUACGACAAAACCAGGUUGAGGUUGUGCACAAGCUCAGUCACAACACCGCCGUGGCUGCUGACGUCAGCAGUUUGAUGCUACUCGCCUUCGUAACCUCAAUAUGGAUAAUGUAUUCCGAAAUCAUUUAUUUUUGAAUUAAGUA